GUGGUUACAAAAAUAAAUCAAAAUCAAUAAAACAUCAUCAAUUCAUCACCAAUGAAUCAUCAAAAUAAUAAAUAGUGGACCGGACCUCAUUUAAAUAAAAUAAUGAGGACAGAAAUAAAAAGUCUGGAACACAAUGAUUGAUUAAUCACUUAUAAGCUUAAUCUCCUUUCUUUUUUACUCGUCUUUUAGCUCAAAAGAAGCGAAGAAAUCAAGACAGAGACAGAGAGAGAGAAAGAAAUCUUCAUGGAAGGUCUUCAAAGAUCAACCAUCUCCUUCCGUCGUCAGGGAUCUUCCGGCAUAGUCUGGGACGACCGUGUCAUCGCCGAGCUUAAUAAACAAGCCACCGAGCAGAAAGAAGAAAGUCAACGCAACGAACAGAACCCCGCCGAUGAGAAAGACAACAAGCUCAGGCCUAUCAAAACCAGUGUACCAACAAUGGAAAGGAGUCGAUCCAACGGUGGAGGAGCGCCACGACAUCACAGAACAGCCGGAAGAGUGUCUCCUGCGGUGGACCCGCCGUCUCCGAGGUUAUCUGCUUGUGGUUGCUGCUCUGCGUUUGGGAAGAAACCGCCGGGGAAGAAGAACAAUCCGAGGAAAAGGCCACCCAAGCGCAGAUCAAGGUAGGCAUGCAAAUUAAAAAGAGAUAUUAUUACCGUCUUUAAUCUUCUUUUUUUUGUUUGUAUCUCUCUGUGUGCUCUCUGAUACAAUCUUUAAUUCUCUUUUUGAUCUUUUCCCGUUUAGCUUAUAGAUCUUGAUAACUUUUGAAUUUUCUGGGUGAUUGUAAAUUAGCUAUCUUUCUUUUUUUUUUUUAUCAAAAGCUCUUUCUUAAGGCAAGAUAUAUUUUUUUCCGACUUUCCGACAUGGGUUCCACAAUCUCUGUCCGAAUUUUAGAAGUAUGUUCCAGAGAAAAAAGAAGAUAAUUAAUUUUCCGACAGGGGUUUGUCCGUUGAUUGGUAAACGGACGGCUGUGAUUAGAUUAUCCCUUUUUAUUUAUGGUUUAAUUAACUUAAAUUUAAGCUCUAGUUCUAUGAUCUGAGGUCCACUUCACCGCCGCACACUUCACGUCUUCGCCGUGUCUCUUCCAGAUCGAGCAAGACUACACAUGUCCG